AAACCAUUAGCUUCUCUUCCUUCUCUCUUUGGCCAGCAAGCAUAUUAGUGUUUGCUUGCAGCUGUCACAACACAUUUCUCUCUCUCUCCUCCACUACUCUUCUCUCUCUAUUAAAAUAAAAUUUUCAUAAAAAAAAAAUAAAAAAUACCCUUUUAAAUAUAUUUUUUUGUUUUUAAUUAACUAACACAACACAUCUGUUCCGAACAACCAUACCACAUCAUCAUAUUCAUAAACCAUACCCACCUCUCUCUUUUCUCUUAAAAUUUAGUGAUUCUCUCCUAUUGGGAAAAGAAGAAAGAGGUUUUGUUGAAUGGUGGGGUUGAACAACAAAAAAGGGCAAUCACACACAAGCACAAACCAAAAGAAGAAGAAGCAAAAGAAAGAAAGAAAACUUUGAAGACAAGAGAUGAGAAUGAUAAUGCCAAGAGUACUAGUACACUUCUUGAUGCAUGCAUAAACUAGCUAUAGCAAGAAGAAUAUCAAGAACUCUAUAGUAGCAAUGGCUUAUCCACAUUAUCGAUCACAAUUUGGAGACACAACAUUCACUAAGGUUUUUGUUGGAGGACUAGCUUGGGAAACUCCAACUGAUGAAAUGAGAACAUAUUUUGAACAAUUUGGUGACAUACUUGAAGCUGUCAUUAUCACUGAUAAGAACACAGGAAAAUCUAAAGGAUACGGAUUUGUAACAUUUCGUGAUCCAGAAUCAGCUAGAAGGGCUUGUGCUGAUCCAAACCCAGUAAUUGAUGGAAGAAGAGCUAAUUGUAACAUUGCUUCUCUUGGACGUCCUAGACCAUCCCCACCAAGAGGGAGGGGUACAUAUCAAGGUGGGGGUGUGGGGACAGGAGCAGCAGCGGCGUACGGCGGUGUUCCGGCAGGAGGGCCACCACAAAUGGCAGCAGGAGCAGCAACAGCUCCAGUAAUGUACCAACCAUAUGGCUACCCUACCUACACUCCUGAAUACGGGUACCCUCAAGCAACAAUGUAUAACCCACAGAUUCAGCAAGCACAAUACUAUCAACAACUUUAUGGACCAUCAUCUUCAACAAUGGGUUCACCAUAUUAUUAUGGCUAUUCUAUGCAAGCAGCAGCACCAAGGGGUACAUUUUCAACACCCCAACCACAUCGCAUACAAGCUGGACCAUCCUAUCUAUACUACCCUACUACACCAAUGGAAGGAGCUUCUUUCUCUGCUGCAGCAUAUCGUCCACUUCAACAACCAUUAAUAAGGCAACCUUCUCCUACCCCUUCUCCUAGUGAUUCACAGACUCAGCAACGUACCUCAUCAGAGACAGCAUCUGGAGUAGUUAUAACUUCGGAAAGUUCAAAUACUCAAGGGAAGAACAACAACUAAUAAAUACUAUAUACCCCCCCUUAGUUUCAACUUGUAUAAUCUUCAAAUUCAAUUUCAUCACAUUAAUAUUCUUCUUCAUCUUUUUCUACAUUAUUAUAUCUUCAAUUUUUUUCGGUCCACAUGACUUGUGUUCUUCACUAUGGCAUUCCAAAUUUGGACUGAUUAAUCAACUUCAUGGAGAUUAUUAUCUUCAUUAUCUUUUCUUUGUCUUCAAGCAUUUUCACUUGAAAUAAUUAUUACCAAUUAAUUAUGUUUUCUUUUUUA